AUGUCCGGCGGCGACGAGGAGUAUGAAGUAGACUACAUUCUGAAAGCACGGAUAGAUUACGAGAAACCCAAGGCUCGAAAGAAGAAAUUGAUAUGGAAAUUUCGCGUCAGAUGGAAGGGCUACACAGAGGGGGAUGAUACGAUGAAUGGUCGCAUCGUUCAAUCUUUUGUCUCGGAGGAUCAGCAAAGGCAGGAGGGGAUGUCCUUCCUGAUUUUCGAUGGCCCAGACUGGGAACCCGCAGAAUCGUUUGAAGGUUCCGAAGAGCUAAUCGAAAAGUUCUGGGCACGCUGCGAGCCCAUGCUGCAGGGCCGGGACCCGAAUGAUAUAAGCCGAUUCGAGUACCAGGAUGAGGUAUUCCCUACUGGGCCUCCUCGUAUCCGCCACAAGCGCAAAGUCGCGCCGCCCACAGAUGCUAGCCCCCCUGCCAGCAAACGGCACCAGACGUCGCCCCUGCCGGAACCAGCAGCGCAGUGUCUCCCAGACUCGCUGCCAGCCCCAUGUCCGUCCGACCCUCCUCCCAUCCCAAGUGCAUCGUCCUCAGCGCUAGCCACAACCACGAUGCCAUCGCAUCGCGCCAGAGCGGCGAAUUCGCGCGUGAAGAUGGUCGACGAUCCGCAGCUCACGGAACUGGCAGACGCGAUCCCAGCAAAGGCCCGCGUCUCGUCAUCGCGUCCGCGGGUAUCCAGCUCGCGCGCCGGACCGGGACGCAACUCGCAGCUGGAAAUCUCGACGCCGCGUCGUAGUUCGCUUCUGACGUACGAUAAAGGGAAGAGGAGCCUGAGGAGUGUGAAAAAAGCCGAACCGGUCCAGGCUGAACAACGCGCUGAGGAGAGACAUUCGCUUUCCCCUGAUGUCGACGAGAGCGCCGAAAUCCCCGGUCUAUCCAUACCUGAUGCGUCUGUGGUCGUUGUCCCGCCCACUGCCGCCGAGCUCCUGCGCCUGGCAGGCGCGGACGAGAAGAGCGUUGCUGACCUUGUUGACUUCCAAGAUGAUACUCUCGUAACCCCGACUCUGGCGUACCCAGAAGACACCAUCCCGCCUCGUUCGCCUUCACAGCCGCCAACAGCCGCAGCAACAACAACUGCAGGCACGGGGGUGGUGUCUGUACUGCGUCAAAGUUUGGCGACGGUGAAGGAGACGCUGUUUCCGUCAGCCAGCCCCGCAGUUCCCGAGCAGCGCCACAAAUGGAGGAUCAGCGACGCGAAUAGUACCAUCUUUGGCGCACUAGCAAGCGGGUCUGGGGAGACUGGUGAAUCCGAAUCACCAACAGCGAAGUUCUUCCUGUCCUUCGACAGCAGCGCCGCCGCCCCCGUGCGCCUUCUCUGUGCCAGCCCUGACACGCCAGACGCUCCGACCCCGACCCCGACACUAGACGAAAUCAUCAAGACACAAGCAAAAGGGCCCGCGGGCCAGUUUUAUCAGCAAGAAUACGCACAUACCCUUCUCAACACAUUGCGAAGUGUUGGACCCUCAGCAAAGGUGGUACUUGACGACAGCGAAGCCAGCGACGCCCAAAAGCGGCAUUAUGAGCGCUUCCAGACGAAAUUGCGAGCUGGGGAACUAUUCGUGGAGUUCGUACACGAAGACCUGUUCGCCUUCUGCGUCCCCGAAAGCGCCGACAUCGUGCAGCGACUCGACUUCCCAGCAUCACUACGCGCCGAAGCGGGGCAUGUCUUGGUCACGCGCGUGAUGAUUAGCAACCCUAUAGGGUAUCAUGAGGCCAUCGAGAAUGCGGAUCCAAAUCGAUGGUAG